AUGGCAUUAUCGAAGAGAAGACCCUCAGUUGUUGCUCCUUUACCGGAAAUGUCUAAUCGCCGUGGAUCUGUUGACUUGUCUUUUAAAGUUGUGUCCCCAGAAACUCAGCGACAGCAACCACCUCAGUUACCUUCUCCAACUGUUAUUCAGCAGCACCUGCAGCAAAGUCCAGCUGUGACUUGUUCUUCAAGCCCUGUUAUGAGGCAGCCGAUUGACAAGAGGAGGGUGAGCUUUUCCCAGGUACCAUCUCCUUCAGCCCAGUCCAUUGAAUCCAUGUACAGAACUGGACAAACUUAUCAGGCCACAGCACCAGCCAAUGCAACCAAAGCCACAUUGGACAUGUCCCCAAAACCAUCUCCACAGCCAUAUGGUACUUCAGAUGAGGUGCUACCAGAGAAUCUUGAUACUGAGGCAAUGGCCUUAUUGAAGAGAAGACCCUCAGCUGUGGCUCCUUUACCAGAAAUGUCUAAUCGUCAUGGAUCUGUUGACCUGUCCUUGAAAGUUGAGUCCCUAGAAAGUCCAGCUGUAACUCCUGUUCCGAGGCAGCAGGUUGGCAACAGAAGGGCAGGCUUUGCUCAGGAACCAUCUCCUUCAAACCAGUCCAUUGGAUAUACACUAACAACAUAUCAGGCCACAGCACCGGCCAAUGCAAUGAAAGAAACAUUAGAUAUGUCCCCAAAACCAUCCCCCCAACCGUCUGAUAACAACGCUGACAUGCCAUCAGUGAAUCUUGGUACUGAGGCAAUGUCUUUAUUGAACAGAAGGCCCUCAACUGUUCAUCCUUUGAAGGAAAUGUCUAAUCAACAUGGAUCUGUUGACCUGUCCUUGAAAGCUGAGUCCCUAGAAAGUCCAAUUGUGACUACUUCCCCGAGCCCUGCCAACAAAAGGGUAGUCUUUGCACAGGAGCCAUCUCCUUCAAACCAGUCCAUUGGAUAUAUGCCAACAACUGGACAAACUUAUCAGAAGGCCACAGCACCAGCCAAUGCAAUGAAAGCCACAUUGGAUAUGUCCCCAAAACCUUCCCCUCAGCCAUCUGUUGAUUUAGCUGAUAUGCCGUCAGUGAAUCUUGGUACUGAGGCAAUGUCUUUAUUGAACAAAAGACCCUCAACUGUUCAUUCUUUGAAGGAAAUGUCUGAUCAGCAAGGAUCUGUUGACCUGACCUUCAAAGGUGAGUCCCCAGAAAUUCAGGGACAUCAUCUACCACAGUUACGGCAAGUCGUAACUCAGGCUCAACCAGAGCAGGGUUUACAACAACAAAAAACUUUACAGAACGCAGCUGGUGUCCUUGCCAGAAAACAGCCACUGUCAAAUCAACCACUCACUGUUCAAACAUAUCAGGCAGCAUCAGCCCCAGCAAACUCUGUAAAAGCAACAUUGGAUAUGUCUCCCAGGCCAUCAAUGCCAUCGGAGGGGCGACCUGAAGAGACAAGCAAGACUGGAGUGAUGUCACUGGUGAAGACCAAACCCACAGCUAGAGAUAUUGCCAGGAAAGACUCUGUCGGUGUUCCAUUGAUAGUGGACCAGCCUCAAGCCACAAUACAGGCGCAAACACAGCAGGUAGCCCUCAGCCCUGUUUUACGCCAGCCAACUGCUAUAUCUGCUUCAGUGGUUGCCAGAGAACCUUCCCUUCCAAAUCAAUCUAUGAGAGUAUUGCAGCCCUCUGCUUCUCAGCCUUACCAGACAACCUCAGCUCCUCGUCAGCCUUACCAGCCAGCCUCGGCUCCAGCAAACUCUAUAAAAUCUACAUUAGAUAUGUCAACUCAGAACACACUUGUGAGAGAGGCUGAGGGAUUAACAGAUCCUGACUAUUCAGAUGCAAUUGCACUGGUGGCUAGGCCAUUGACCGAUGCUAGAGCUCAGAAGGACUCUGUCGGUGUUCCUUUGAUUGUAGAACCACCUGCUCCCGAGAAGCAACCAACUGUUUCCAGGCAACAAAUGCCUAAAAAUACUGGGCAAGUGACUCCCUGUGUUCCAGCCUACCAAACAGCCUCAGCACCAGCAAACACCAUCAAAGGCUCCUUAGAUAUGUCCCCAAAGCCACUCCAGAGACAAGCUGAAAUUACCACUGAGCCCUCUUUGACUGGAGUAAUGUCACUGGUUAAAAGCAGGCCCACUGUCACCAAGAUAAAGUCUGUUGGUGUACCUUUGAUUUUUGAACCAUCUUCUCAGCAACAACAACCUCAACAGAAAGUAUUUGCGCAGCCAGCCCCUACAGUCCAAGCCCAAGCACAGCAACAGGAAAGACCAGGCAUGAAUGGAGUCCACACAAUAGAACCUCUGCACCAGCAGAUCCCCAUAUACCACAAGAACGGGGUUCUCUCACUUACAAGGCAGCUAAACAAAGACUCCCAACCCCUCAAUACACCUAUGGACUUCUCUGCCAAAAAUAAUCAACCCCAAACUGUGGCCGUCCAUUACACUGUAUUGGAGGAUGGGCAGCCUAUGGAUUUCGCCAAUGUGAAGAAAGAAAGGUUUGAAAGAAGGCCAAUUGGAAAGAAGCCACUUCAGGGCGCUGUUGAUCUGAGUGUGGAGGUUGAAGAUAACAAACCUAUAAUCAGAACUGAUCAAGAAGUAAAGGAUCUUUCCUCUCGAAGGGGUUCUAUCUUCUCACUGUAUCAGUAUAAUAACCUGCAGCAAACCACGCCUCCAGCCUCUCAUCGUGAGGUCAGACCAGAUGCCUCGGUUUCUCCGGCUCAGAAACCAUUGCUUUCUAGAGAAACCCCCGUAUCCACACAGCCCUCCGUGCAACCUAGCAUGCAGUUUAGAAUGGAAGCCAUAGUCACACCAUCACAAUUGGAUCAUUCACAGAAAAGUCCCUUGAAUGCUUCACCUCUUCAUAGUGCUUCACUUCAAAGCCAAGUAGAACCUCCUCAAUCCUCUGUUCCUCAGGUCAGAAGGACGUCCAUCACACACGACAGUGCCCAACAGCAUAUUAGUGGUCCAAGUGUAAUUGAUCCUAAACAAGAAACACAUAGAGUAGUUCUGCAGCAACUACAACAACAACAACAACAUCAGCAACAACAACAACAUCAGCAACAACAUCAGCAACAACAAUAUCAACAACAACAGCAACAACAACAAUAUCAACAACAACAAUAUCAACAACAACAAUAUCAGCAACAACAGCAACAACAACAUCAGCAACAACAACAUCAGCAACAACAACAAUAUCAGCAGCAACAAUACCAGCAACAAUAUCAGCAACAACAAUAUCAACAACAACAACAGCCUGACGUGA